CGAGACUACAUUACCCACAAAGCAUUGCGCCUUCCGAGUAAACGGCUAUUGGUAGCUGUGACUGGCGCGACAAAGAAAAUAAAGUAUUAAAGAAUGGAGGAAAAGGACACGAGCGUGACAUUCAAAAAGGAAACAGUUCAAAGAUUGAUGAGCCUUCAUUUCAAGGAUGAAAAAACAAAAGUGAGCAAUGAUGCACUGAUUCUGAUUUCAGAACUGCUCAAGCUUUUUGUCAUGGAAGCAGCAGCCCGAUCAGCUAAACAAGCAAAAACAGAAGAAAAUGAAUUGGUUAGCAUUGAACAUUUUGAAAAGAUCCUACCACAACUGCUUUUAGACUUUUAGCAUGGAGUUCUCUAUUAGAAGACACUUAUUCCCUAGUUCUCUUAAGAGGUUUCUUCUCUUCGAUGGAUGUCUUCACCAUUUCAAGAAAUGAAAAAUGCUGGGAGCAACAACAAACUUCACCUACUAAGAGUCUCCAAGAAUUGUAACACCAUGUGUAAUAUUUAAUUCUGAAAUUCUAGUUUUAUGUGCAAUUUGUAUUUUUUUUUUUACUCUCUUGUAACUUUAAAUGAAUAGUGUCAUAAAAUUAUGUUGUAAUUAUCUAAUGUCUUUUUAUUAAAAUUAAAAAAUGUUAUUUUCUCAGCUUCUAA